CUCCGAAAUCCGGGGCGCGCGGCUUCACUGAGGACCGCGUGGACAGCCUCCAACCGCUUCCGGCUUUUGCGACCGGAAAGCUUUACCUCCGCGGCGGCGACCGACGAGCAGCCGCAAGGCGCGGAAGCGACGGCGGCCUCCCAGCGCGGCGCGUGCGCGCACCCGCGCGUUAACGUCCACGGCGCGCGCGCGGCCCGCGCCGACGUCGGGUCCCGUCGCCAUAGCGACUGGCCCUGGCAACCGCUAAGCCGAGCGGGCCGGCUGCGGGCGGUGUGAGCGGAGCUGCGCCGGUCGGGUGGCGGCCCCCGGACCCCUCGUGUCCCCGCGUCGUGGCCGCCGCCAUGGCGGGAGGGGCCUGGGACGUUCGGAAGGCCUUCCUCCUCACCACCACCCAGAACUACUUCGGCCUCCUGCCGGAGCCCUGCGACCAGCCGCGGGCGGACGGCUGCCCAGAGGUCAACAACUUUCUGGACGACGGCAACCAGAUGCUCCUCAGGGUGCAGCGCUCGGACGCCGGCGUCACCUUCUCCAACUCGAUUGAUUUUGCUGACACAAAAGAUAAAGUGCUGGUGUUUUUCAAGCUGCGACCUGAAGUAAUUACUGAUCAGAAUCUACAUAGUAACAUUCUUGUUUCAUCUAUGUUAGAAUCACCUAUAAAUUCUCUCUAUCAAGCCGUGCGGCAAGUAUUUGCACCAAUGUUGUUAAAGGAUCAGGAAUGGAGCAGAGACCUUGAUCCCAAACUUCAGAAUCUUUUGAGUGAACUAGAAGCUGGGUUGGGCGUAGUUCUACGAAGAUCAGACACUAACUUAUCAAAAUUGAAAUUUAAGGAAGAUGACACACGAGGUAUUCUUACACCAAGUGAUGAGUUCCAGUUCUGGGUGGAAGAAGCUCAUCGUGGAAGUAAACAGAUUAGCAGAGAGAGAGCUGGCUAUUUUAAGGAGCUGUUUGAAACCAUCGCAAGAGAGUUCUAUAACUUGGACAGUCUAUCCUUACUGGAAGUGGUUGACUUGGUGGAGACCACCCGGGAUGUUGUAGAUGAUGUGUGGAGACAAACAGAGCAUGAUCACUUUCCUGAGUCACGGAUGUUACAUCUCUUAGAUGUCAUAGGUGGUUCAUUUGGAAGAUUUGUUCAGAAGAAGUUGGGAACUUUGAAUCUGUGGGAAGAUCCUUACUGUCUUGUGAAAGACCACCUCAGAGCGGGUGUGUCCAUUUGUGAACAGUGGGUGAUCGCCUGUAACCACCUCACGGGUCAGGUGUGGCAGCGCUAUGUUCCUCAUCCGUGGAAAAGUGAGAAAUACUUCCCUGAAACACUAGACAGACUGGGCAAGCGCCUGGAAGAGGUCUUGGCUGUUAGAACAAUUCAUGAGAAGCUUCUUUAUUUUUUACCUGCCAGUGAAGAGAAAAUGAUAUGCCUGACUCGAGUAUUUGAACCCUUUACCGGCCUGAAUCCUGUGCAUUAUAAUCCAUAUACUGAGCCUUUAUGGAAAGCUGCAGUGUCUCAGUAUGAAAAAAUUAUUGCACCUGCGGAACAGAAAAUAGCAGGAAAAUUGAAAAUUUAUAUUUCAGAAAUUCAGGACAGCCCACAGCAGCUUCUUCAAGCGUUUCUGAAAUACAAAGAGCUGGUGAAGCGUCCAACUAUAAGUAAAGAAUUGAUGUUGGAAAGAGAAACUUUACUGGCAAGACUUGUGGACUCAGUAAAAGAUUUUCGAUUAGACUUUGAGAAUCGAUGCCGAGGAGUUCCUGGUGAGGCGUCUGGACCGCUUGCUGGCAAAAACCUGUCGGAAGUUGUUAAUAAUAUAGUUUGGGUUCGCCAGUUGGAACUGAAGGUGGAUGAUACUCUCAAGAUUGCAGAGGCUCUUUUAUCUGACUUGUCAGGAUUUCGAUCUUUCCAUCGAGCUGCCGAAGAUCUGUUAGACCAGUUUAAACUGUAUGAACAAGAACAAUUUGAUGAUUGGUCCAGGGACAUUCAGUCCGGUUUGUCUGAUUCCAGAUCCGGCUUGUGCAUCGAGGCUAAUAGUCGAAUUAUGGAAUUGGAUCCUAGUGAUGGAUCAUUAAAGGUGCAUUAUUCAGAUCGGUUGGUGAUUCUCCUGAGAGAAGUUCGUCAGCUUUCUGCUCUUGGCUUUGUUAUUCCUGCCAAAAUACAGCAAGUUGCAAACAUUGCACAGAAAUUCUGCAAGCAAGCAAUUAUUCUUAAACAAGUGGCACAUUUUUACAAUUCCAUUGAUCAACAAAUGAUUCAAAGUCAGAGACCAAUGAUGUUACAAUCCGCAUUAGCAUUUGAACAGAUAAUUAAGAAUUCAAAAGCAGGAAGUGGGGGAAAGUCACAGAUUACUUGGGAUAAUCCUAAAGAAUUAGAAGCCUACAUCCAGAAGCUCCAAAAUGCUGCCCAACGACUUGCCACUGAAAAUAGAAAACUGAGAAAAUGGCACACUACAUUUUGUGAAAAGGUCGUCUUUCUCAUGAACAUUGAUCUGCUUCGGCAGCAGCAGCGUUGGAAAGAUGGAUUACAAGAACUGAGAACUGGCUUAGUGAGCGUAGAAGCCCAGGGGUUCCAGGCCGGUGACAUGCGUGCGUGGAAGCAGCACUGGAAUCACCAGCUGUACAAAGCCCUCGAACACCAGUAUCAGAUGGGCCUGGAGGCACUCAAUGAGAAUCUGCCAGAAAUAAGCAUAGACCUAGUGUACAAACAGGGACGGUUACAAUUCAGGCCUCCUCUUGAAGAAAUCCGGGCUAAAUAUUACAGAGAAAUGAAGAGGUUCAUCGGCAUUCCUAAUCAGUUUAGGGGAGUGGGUGAGGCCGGAGAUGAGUCUAUUUUUUCUGUUAUGAUUGAUAGAAAUGCAAAUGGAUUUUUGACUAUUUUCAGCAAAGCAGAAGAUCUGUUUAGGAGACUAUCAGCUGUUUUACACCAACAUAAGGAAUGGAUCGUAAUUGGACAAGUUGAUAUGGAAGCUCUAGUGGAAAAACAUCUCUCUACAGUCCAAGAUUGGGAGAAAAAUUUCAAAGCACUGAAAAUAAAAGGGAAAGAAGUAGAACGACUUCCGAGUGCGGUCAAGGUAGAUUGUUUAAAUAUUAAUUGUAACCCCGUGAAGACUGUGAUUGAUGAUCUCAUCCAGAAGUUAUUUGAUACGCUUGUUCUUUCUUUGAAGAAGUGCAUCCAGGCUCACUUACAUGAAAUUGAUGCAUUUGUAACCGAGGCUAUGGACAUCUUAACAGUUAUGCCCCAGUCUGUGGAAGAGAUUGGCGAUGCAAAUUUGCAAUACAGUAGGCUCCAACAGCGGAAACCAGAGAUUUUGCCCUUAUUCCAAGAAGCUGAAGAUAAAAACAGACUUUUACGAACUGUGGCAGGUGGAGGUUUGGAAACAAUUAGCAAUCUGAAGGCUAAGUGGGAUAAAUUUGAGUUGAUGAUGGAAAGUCACCAACUUAUGAUUAAAGAUCAGAUCGAAGUGAUGAAAGGGAACGUUCAGUCGCGUCUUCAGAUCUAUUACCAAGAAUUGGACAAAUUUAAAGCUCGUUGGGACCAACUAAAGCCUGGUGACGAUAUUAUUGAAACUGGCCCACAAAGUACUCUUGAUAAAAGCGCCAAGUCAAUAAAAGAGAAAAAGAUUGAAUUUGAUGAUCUUGAAGUCAUAAGGAAAAAGCUGGUUGAUGAUUGCCGUCAUUUUGGCCUAGAAGAGCCCAGCUUGUCUUUGGCAGAUAGCAUCUCCAAGGACAUUGAGAGCUGUGCACAAAUUUGGGCCCUUUAUGAAGAGUUUCAGCAGAGGCUUGAAGAAAUGGCCAAUGAAGAUUGGAUUACUUUUCGGACUAAGACAUAUCUGUUUGAAGAAUUUUUGAUGAAUUGGCAUGACAGAUUAAGAAAAGUUGAAGAACAUUCGGUUAUGACAGUGAAAUUACAAUCAGAAGUUGACAAAUACAAAACCGUAAUUCCUAUCUUGAAAUAUGUGAGAGGGGAGUGUCUUUCUCCAGAUCACUGGCUUGACCUUUUUCGUCUGCUUGGCCUUCCUCGGGGGACUAGCCUGGAGAAAUUAAUGUUUGGUGACCUGCUCAGAGUAGCUGAUACAAUUGUUGCCAAAGCUUCAGACCUUAAAGAUUUAAACAGUCGGGCACAAGGUGAAGUUACGAUCAGAGAAGCUUUACGUGAACUUGAUCUUUGGGGAGUUGGAGCGGUAUUUACAUUGAUUGAUUAUGAAGACAGCCAGAGUCGAACUAUCAAGCUGAUUAAAGACUGGAAAGACAUCGUAAAUCAAGUUGGAGAUAAUAGAUGUCUUCUUCAGUCCUUAAAGGAUUCUCCUUAUUAUAAGGGAUUUGAAGAUAAAGUGUCCAUUUGGGAAAGAAAACUUGCAGAAUUAGAUGAAUACCUGCAGAAUUUAAACCAUAUUCAGAGGAAGUGGGUGUAUUUGGAGCCCAUAUUUGGCCGUGGAGCAUUGCCGAAAGAGCAGACACGCUUCAGCAGGGUUGAUGAAGAUUUUCGAUCGAUAAUGAGUGACAUCAAGAAAGACAAUAGAGUCACAACAUUAACGACUCACGCAGGAAUCAGAAAUUCGCUGCUAACCAUACUCGAUCAACUUCAAAGAUGUCAGAAAUCAUUGAAUGAAUUUUUAGAGGAAAAACGCUCAACGUUUCCAAGGUUUUAUUUCAUCGGUGACGAUGACCUGUUGGAGAUCCUGGGCCAGUCUACUAGCCCGUCAGUGAUUCAGUCUCACCUCAGAAAGCUGUUCGCCGGUAUUAACAGCGUGUGCUUUGAUGAAGAAUCAAAACAUAUAACUGCAAUGAAAUCUUUAGAGGGAGAAGUUGUACCUUUUAAAAAUAAAGUUUUAAUUUCAAAUAAUGUAGAGACCUGGUUAAAUGGUUUAGCCAUGGAAAUGAAGCAGACCUUGAAACAGUUGUUGGCGGAAUGUGUCACUGCUGCACGCAGUCCUCCAGGUGCCGUGGACCCGUCCUUGUUCCCCUCACAGAUACUGUGUUUGGCAGAGCAGAUUAAGUUCACUGAAGAUGUGGAAAAUGCUAUCCAAGACCAUAGUCUUCAUCAGAUCGAAACCCAGCUGGUGACUAAGUUAGAGCACUAUACUAGCAUCGAUACGAGUUCGGAGGAUCCAGGGGGCACUGAGUCUGGCAUUCUGGAGCUUAAACUUAAAGCCCUGAUUCUUGAUAUCAUUCAUAACAUUGAUGUGGUAAAGCAUUUAAACCAAGUUCAGGUUCAUACAACUGAAGACUGGGCCUGGAAAAAACAAGUCAGAUUUUAUAUGAAAAGUGAUCAUACUUGUUAUAUUCAAAUGGUGGAUUGUGAACUUCAGUACACUUAUGAGUACCAGGGCAAUGCUCCCAAGCUGGUCUACACGCCGCUGACGGACAAGUGCUACCUGACGCUGACGCAGGCCAUGAAGAUGGGCCUGGGCGGGAACCCGUACGGGCCGGCGGGCACGGGGAAGACCGAGUCGGUGAAGGCCCUGGGCGGACUUCUCGGGAGACAAGUCUUAGUUUUUAAUUGUGAUGAGGGCAUCGAUGUGAAGUCAAUGGGACGGAUUUUUGUUGGUUUGGUGAAGUGUGGGGCCUGGGGUUGUUUUGAUGAGUUUAAUAGACUGGAGGAGUCUGUGCUGUCAGCAGUGUCCAUGCAAAUCCAGACCAUCCAGGAUGCCCUGAAGAACCACAGAACCGUGUGCGAGCUGCUUGGCAAGGAGGUGGAAAUCAAUUCAAAUUCUGGGAUUUUUAUCACCAUGAAUCCUGCUGGAAAAGGUUACGGAGGAAGACAGAAGCUGCCUGAUAAUCUUAAACAGCUUUUCAGGCCGGUUGCCAUGUCCCGCCCAGACAACGAGCUUAUCGCUGAGGUCAUUCUCUAUUCGGAGGGCUUCAAAGAGGCCAAAGUCCUGGGCAGAAAACUGGUAGCUAUCUUCAAUCUAUCCAGGGAACUUUUGACACCUCAGCAGCAUUACGACUGGGGUCUGAGAGCCUUGAAGACGGUUCUUCGAGGAAGCGGAGGCCUUCUUAGACAGCUGCAGAGAGCCGGCGGGAAACACAAAGUUGAUGAAAGUCAUAUUGUGGUACAAGCAUUGAGGCUUAAUACAAUGUCAAAGUUUACAUUUGCUGAUUGCGCACGGUUUGAUGCACUGAUUAAAGAUGUAUUUCCUGGGAUCGACUUUAAAGAAGUAGAAUAUGAUGAGCUCAGGUCUGCGUUACAGCAUGUCUUCGAGGAAGCCAAUUAUGAAAUCAUACCAAAUCAGAUCAAGAAGGCUUUAGAAUUAUAUGAGCAGUUACGCCAGAGGAUGGGAGUGGUCAUUGUUGGUCCAAGUGGUGCUGGAAAGUCAACCCUUUGGAGGAUGUUAAGGGCAGCACUUUGUAGAAUUGGCAGAGUGGUGAAACAGUACACCAUGAACCCCAAAGCCAUGCCUAGACAUCAGCUGUUAGGCCACAUUGACAUGGACACACGGGAAUGGUCGGACGGCGUUUUGACAAACAGCGCUCGCCAAGUCGUUCGGGAACCUCAAGAUGUCAGCUCAUGGAUAAUAUGUGACGGCGAUAUUGACCCUGAAUGGAUAGAAUCUCUGAAUUCUGUUCUGGAUGACAAUCGACUCCUCACUAUGCCCAGUGGAGAAAGGAUUCAGUUCGGCCCAAAUGUUAACUUUGUGUUCGAAACUCAUGAUUUAAGUUGUGCCUCGCCAGCCACAAUAUCUAGAAUGGGCAUGAUCUUUCUUAGCGAUGAAGAGACAGACGUUAAUUCUCUGAUAAAAUCUUGGUUGAAGAAUCAGCCUCCUAGUUAUAGGAAUAAUCUUGAGAGCUGGAUUGGAGAUUACUUUGAAAAGGCUUUACAGUGGGUUCUGAAGCAGAAUGACUAUGUGGUUGAAACCAGUUUGGUUGGGACUGUGAUGAAUGGUUUGUCACAUCUUCGUGGAUGCAAAAAUCAUGAGCAGUUUGUUAUUAGUCUCAUACGGGGGCUUGGUGGAAACCUGAACAUGAAAUCCCGCCUGGAGUUCACCAAAGAGGUUUUUACUUGGGCACGAGAGUCUCCUCCAGACCCUCACAAACCAAUGGAUACCUACUAUGACUCAGGUCGGGGGCGACUAGCAUCUUACGUGCUGAAGAAGCCGGAAAACUUGACCGCCGAUGAUUUCAGCAACAGCCAAACUCUCCCCGUCAUUCAGAUUCCUGACAUGCAGCGAGGCCUGGAUUAUUUCAAACCCUGGUUAAGUUCUGAUACUAAACAGCCAUUUAUUCUUGUAGGACCAGAAGGAUGUGGCAAAGGGAUGCUGCUGAGACACGCCUUUUCCCAGCUCCGGUCCACUCAGAUCACCACGGUUCACUGUAGCGCGCAGACCACGCCUCGACACCUCCUGCAGAAGCUGAGCCAGACUUGCCUGGUGAUCAGUACCAACACCGGUCGAGUGUACAGACCGAAAGACUGUGAAAGACUUGUUUUGUACUUGAAAGAUCUCAACCUGCCCAAGCUGGAUAAGUGGGGGACCAGUACUUUGGUUGCUUUCCUACAACAGGUAUUGACAUAUCAAGGAUUUUAUGAUGAAAAUUUGGAAUGGGUUGGUUUAGAAAAUAUUCACAUUGUGGCUUCCAUGUCAGCUGGAGGAAGACUGGGAAGACAUAAGCUUACCACCCGAUUUACUUCUAUUGUCCGUCUCUGUGCUGUGGAUUACCCAGAAAGAGAGCAGUUACAGACAAUCUAUGGAGCAUAUUUGGAACCAGUUCUAUAUAAAAAUCUGAAGAAUCAUCCUAUUUGGGGUUCUUCAUCAAAAAUCUAUCUCUUAGCAGGGUCUAUGGUACAAGUGUAUGAACAGGUACGGGCCAGAUUUACAGUUGAUGAUUAUAGUCACUAUUUGUUUACUCCGUGCAUCCUUACCCAGUGGGUUCUUGGCUUAUUCAGAUACGAUUUAGAAGGAGGGUCCUCAAACCAUCCACUAGAUUAUGUGUUAGAAAUCGUAGCGUAUGAAGCACGGCGCUUAUUUCGUGACAAAAUUGUUGGUGCAAAGGAACUUCAUUUAUUUGACAGCAUUUUAACAUCAGUGUUUCAAGGAGAUUGGGGCUCAGAUAUAUUAGAUAAUAUGGCAGACAGUUUCUAUGUUACGUGGGGAGCCCGACACAGUUCAGGAGCAAGGCCAGCCCCUGGGCAGCCCCUGCCUCCACACGGAAAACCGCUUGGGAAACUGAGCUCUGCAGAUCUCAAGGAUGUUAUUAAGAAGGGCCUUAUUCAUUAUGGACGAGAUAACCAGAUGUUAGAUAUUUUACUUUUCCAAGAAGUCCUGGAGUAUGUGUCCAGGACAGACAGAGUGCUGAGCUGCCCCGGGGGCUCCCUGCUGCUGGCGGGACGCAGCGGGGUAGGCCGCCGCACCGUCACGUCCUUAGUGAGCCACAUGCACGGGGCCAUGCUGUUUUCUCCGAAGAUCUCCAGAGGGUAUGAACUGAAGCAGUUCAAAAAUGAUAUCAAACAUGUGCUGUAUCUUGCCGGUGUGGAAGCUCAGCAGGUGGUUUUACUUCUUGAGGACUACCAGUUAGUCCAUCCCACCUUUCUGGAGAUGAUCAACAGCCUCUUGUCUUCAGGUGAAGUUCCUGGACUUUAUACCCUUGAAGAAUUAGAGCCUUUGCUGUUGCCUCUUAAAGAUCAGGCUUCACAGGAUGGUUUUUUUGGACCAGUCUUCAGUUACUUCACAUACAGAAUUCAGCAAAACUUGCAUAUUGUCUUGAUAAUGGAUUGUACGAAUUUAAACUUCAUAAUAAACUGUGAGAGUAACCCAGCCUUGCAUAAAAAAUGCCAGGUGUUGUGGAUGGAGGGCUGGUCAGACAGCAGUAUGAGGAAAAUACCUGAAAUGUUAUUCAGUGAAACAGAUGGUGAAGAAAAAUACAGUGACAAAAAAAGGAAAGAAGAAAAGAAAAAACACUCAGUUGAUCCCGAUUUUCUAAAAUCAUUUUUAUUAAUCCAUGAAUCUUGUAAAGCAUAUGGUGCUACACCAAGCCGAUACAUGACCUUCUUACGUGUGUAUUCUGCCAUUAGUAGCAGCAAGAAAAAGGAAUUAUUAAAAAGACAAAGUCAUUUGCAGGCUGGUGUGUCUAAACUGAAUGAAGCUAAAGCUCUUGUGGAUGAGCUGAACAGAAAAGCUGGCGAGCAAAGUGUGUUAUUAAAGACGAAGCAAGACGAAGCAGACGCCGCCCUUCAGGAGAUCACGGUGUCGAUGCAGGAUGCUAGUGAGCAAAAGACAGAACUUGAAAGACUGAAGCACAAGAUAGCAGAAGAAGUUGUUAAAAUUGAAGAAAGAAAAAACAAAAUUGAUGAUGAGUUAAAAGAAGUACAGCCUCUAGUCAAUGAAGCUAAACUAGCAGUUGGAAACAUCAAGCCAGAAUCUCUUUCAGAAAUUCGCUCACUGCGCAUGCCACCAGACAUCAUCAGAGACAUUCUUGAGGGUGUUUUAAGGCUGAUGGGGAUCUUUGAUACAUCUUGGGUGAGCAUGAAAAGUUUCCUUGCGAAAAGAGGUGUGAGAGACGACAUAGCAACCUUUGACGCACGAAAUAUUCCAAAGGAGAUAAGACACAGUGUUGAAGAACUUCUUUAUAAAAAUAAAGGAUCUUUUGAUUCAAAGAACGCGAAGCGAGCCAGUACUGCGGCGGCUCCUUUGGCCGCGUGGGUUAAAGCGAACAUCCAGUAUUCCCACGUCUUGGAACGGAUCCAGCCUUUGGAAACUGAACAGGCAGCAUUAGAAUCAAAUUUGAAGAAAACUGAAGACCGAAAAAGGAAGCUAGAGGAACUUCUAAAUUCUGUCGGCCAGAAAGUAUCAGAACUCAAAGAGAAAUUUCAGAGCAGGACUUCAGAAGCCGCCAAGCUGGAAGCUGAAGUGAGCAGAGCGCAGGAAACAAUUAAAGCCGCAGAAGUGCUAAUUAAUCAGCUUGACCGAGAGCACAAAAGAUGGAACGCACAGGUUGCAGAGAUAACAGAGGAAUUAGCUACUCUUCCUAAGAGAGCUCAGCUGGCUGCCGCCUUCAUUACCUAUCUUUCUGCUGCUCCUGAGGGUCUGAGAAAAACCUGCUUGGAAGAAUGGACCAAGUCAGCUUGUCUUGAAAAAUUUGAUCUAAGGAGAUUUCUUUGUACUGAAAGUGAGCAGUUAAUUUGGAAAAGUGAAGGCCUACCAUCAGAUGACCUUUCCAUAGAAAACGCUCUUGUUAUCUUACAGAUCAUUGGUUUGAAAUCAUGGAGUCGAGUAUGCCCAUUCCUUAUAGACCCUUCUUCUCGAGCUACAGAGUGGUUGAAGACACAUUUGAAAGACUCAAGAUUGGAAGUUAUUAACCAGCAGAAGCCCCCUAUUUGGCUGCCCUCCUCAGCGAGGAUGACCACGGGCCUGACGCGCAGCAGGAUGGAUACUUUUGCUUGCAUUCUCACGCUGCGUCAACGGGAAAGAAGGAGCGAGGCCCUGAGUCCCAUCGCACUGGCCUGGUUCUUGUGGCCUGGCUGUGCUGUUGUCCUGGUGAACGUGCCUCGUUCCGCAGCACCAACAUCCCAUGGCUCCUCCUGUGACCGUCCUCAUGUAGGGCCACGUUACGUGGUACAAAUAGGUGACAAAAUUAUCGACUACAAUGAAGAAUUCCGCCUUUUCUUGUCAACAAGAAACCCCAACCCCUUCAUCCCGCCGGACGCAGCCGCCAUCAUUACGGAGGUUAACUUCACCACCACUAGAAGUGGAUUGCGAGGCCAGCUUUUGGCUUUAACUAUUCAGCAUGAGAAACCUGACCUAGAGGAACAGAAAACAAAACUGUUACAACAGGAAGAAGAUAAGAAAAUACAGUUAGCCAAGCUUGAGGAAUCUCUUUUAGAGACUCUUGCCACAUCUCAAGGGAAUAUUUUGGAAAAUAAAGAUUUGAUUGAAUCUCUGAAUCAGACGAAAGCAAGCAGUGCACUUACUCAAGAGUCACUUAAAGAAUCUUACAGACUCCAGAUUUCUCUUGACCAAGAGCGGGAUGCGUACCUUCCCCUGGCUGAGAGCGCCAGCAAGAUGUUCUUCAUCAUCUCCGACCUGGCCAAAAUUAACAACAUGUACCGUUUCAGUUUGGCUGCAUUUCUCCGACUAUUCCAGCGGGCUCUGCACAACAAACAGGAUUCCGAAAGUACAGAACGGAGAAUCCAGUCUCUUAUCAGCUCAUUAAAACAUAUGGUCUAUGAAUAUAUAUGCCGUUGUCUGUUUAAGGCUGACCAGUUGAUGUUCGCGCUGCACUUCGUUCGGGGCAUGCAUCCGGAACUUUUUCAAGAAAACGAAUGGGAUACGUUUACAGGUGUGGUUGUUGGAGACAUGUUGCGGAAAGCUGACUCUCAGCAGCGAAUCCGCGAGCAGCUCCCGUCGUGGAUAGACCAGGAGAGGAGCUGGGCCGUAGCAACACUAAAGAUUACUCUCCCUAGUCUUUAUCAGACCCUCUGCUUUGACGAUGAAGCGCUGUGGCGUACUUACUGUCACACUUCAAUGUGUGAGCAAGAGUUUCCGUCUAUUCUUGCAAAGAAAGUUUCCUUAUUUCAGCAGGUUCUCGUGGUGCAGGCGCUCAGACCAGACAGACUGCAAAGUGCCAUGGGCAUGUUUGCCUGCAAAGCUCUGGGACUGAAAGAGCUGUCCCCACUCCCUCUAAAUCUCAAACGCCUCUACAAAGAGACACUGGAGAUUGAGCCAGUCUUGAUAAUCAUCUCCCCGGGUGCAGAUCCUUCCCAGGAGCUGCAGGAGCUGGCUAAUGCUGAGCGCGGGGGAGAGUGCUACCACCAGGUUGCUAUGGGUCAGGGUCAAGCCGAUUUAGCGAUUCAGAUGCUGAAGGAAUGUGCCCGCAGUGGGGACUGGCUGUGUUUGAAGAACUUACAUCUUGUGGUGUCUUGGCUGCCAGUUCUGGAAAAGGAAUUAAAUACCCUUCAACCUAAAGAUACCUUUCGUCUGUGGCUGACUGCAGAAGUUCAUCCCCACUUUACUCCUAUUUUAUUACAGUCGAGUUUAAAGAUCACAUACGAGUCACCUCCAGGUUUGAAGAAGAAUUUAAUGCGCACUUACGAAUCUUGGACUGCUGAGCAAAUCAGCAAAAAAGACAGCAUCCAUCGAGCUCACGCUCUCUUUAGUUUUGCGUGGUUUCAUGCUGCAUGUCAGGAAAGACGAAAUUACAUUCCACAGGGUUGGACCAAGUUUUAUGAGUUUUCUUUAUCAGAUCUUCGGGCUGGAUACAGCAUUAUUGACAGGCUCUUUGAUGGUACCAAAGAUGUUCAGUGGGAAUUUUUACACGGUUUACUUGAAAAUGCUAUUUAUGGCGGACGCAUAGAUAACUAUUUUGACCUUAGAGUUCUUCAGUCAUACCUGAAACAGUUUUUUAAUUCUUCAAUAAUUGAUGUUUCAAACCAAAGGAACAAGAAAAGUAUUUUUCCAUAUUCCAUAUCUCUCCCCAAAUCCUGCAGCAUUCUGGACUACCGUGCUCUCAUCGAAAAGCUUCCGGAGGACGACAAGCCUAGUUUCUUCGGUCUUCCUGCCAACAUUGCUCGCUCGGCCCAGCGCAUGAUCAGUUCUCAGGUUAUUUCACAGUUGAGGAUCUUGGGCAGAUCAGUAACAGCUGGUUGCAAAUUUGAUAGAGAAAUCUGGUCUAACGAACUCUCCCCUGUCCUCAAUCUCUGGAAGAAACUAAACCAGAACUCCAACCUGAUUCAUCAGAAGGUGUGUCCUCCUAACGAUCGACAAGGGUCUCCUGUACUGUCCUUCAUCGUCCUGGAACAGUUCAAUGCCAUUCGCUUAGUGCAGACCGUCCACCAGUCUCUUGCCGCUCUCAGCAAAGUCAUCAGAGGGACUACCUUACUGAGUUCAGAAGUACAGAAACUGGCCAGCGCUUUACUAAACCAAAAGUGUCCUGUGGCAUGGCAGAGCAGGUGGGAAGGCCCAGAAGACCCCUUACAGUACCUGAGAGGCCUAGUGGCUCGUGCCCUUGCGAUACAGAGCUGGGUAGAGAGAGCCGAGAAACAGGCUCUUCUCUCUCAUACACUUGACCUGUCAGAACUGUUCCACCCAGACACGUUUCUCAACGCUCUUCGCCAGGAAACUGCACGGGCGAUGGGCUGUUCUGUAGAUAGCCUGAAAUUUGUAGCUUCGUGGAAAGGCCGACUGCAAGAAGCAAAGCUGCAGAUUAAGAUGGGCGGCUUGCUGCUGGAAGGCUGCAGCUUUGACGGGAGCCGGCUCGCUGAGAACCAGCACGACUCUCCCAGCGUGUCGCCCGUCCUCCCUUGCUGUGUGGGCUGGAUCCCCCAGGGUGCAUACGGUCCCUAUUCCCCUGAUGAGUGCAUAUCUUUGCCUGUUUACACGAGUGCUGAGAGGGAUCGUGUGGUGACCAACAUUGACGUUCCGUGUGGGGGCAGCCCGGACCAGUGGAUUCAGUGUGGAGCUGCUUUGUUUCUAAAAAAUCAGUAGAGUCUAACGACAGUAAAAGCUGUAUUAGCAAAAAAAGAAACAUUUGCUACUUUAAACUUUGAAUAAAUAUGUGGCCAGUCUGCAUUUAAAAUGUUCAAAAAAUUAUCACAUAGCUAAGUACCUUAUGUUACUGAUCUCCUUGGGUUGUGUAGUGGGUCAUGACAGACCACGCAACUUUCAAGCGAUAGUUUAAUGGAGUUAAUGUUAAAUGGAGUAUUCCCUUCAUAACAUUAAAUAUUUUUGUGAAGCAGUUCAGGUUUCCAGGGGCUCAAAAAUUUAUGUACGUAAGAGGUUGAAAAUGGUGUCCUUAAGGAAUCAGUAAUUAAUUCUUUGUAUCCUAAUUUGUGUUAAUAAAAUAGAAGACCAGUUUUUCAUUUAAACACUUAAAAAUAUAUUCUAUUUUAGUUAAAAUACACAGCAUCUCGGAGUAAUCCAGAAGAAAUGGGGCACGACGGCACAGAGGGCAGGAGGAAAAUUUUAUAAAUGGACUAAACAAUGAGAAGUUACAAUUUCUCACGUAUGUGGCCGUUUGCCAGCUGUUUCUAUGAAACAGGAAAAUUCUACAAUGUCUGGAAGCUUAAAUAAAUAUAUUUUAUGGUGUAAUCUUUGAGUUUCUGAGUGAUUUGAAUUGAAUUCAGAAAUGUUAACUACUUUUAAUUCUAUCACCGUGUGUAUGGUCAGAUCAGGAGAACAGCCCCAGGAUGUCAACAGUGAGCUCACUCUAAAGGACAAAGGGAGACCAGGACUGUGAAGGUGAAAGCGCCACGGCUGUGGCUGGGCUGCAGGGAGCCACCGGGCAGAGCCAAGCCCACACGGCGGCCGGGCCUCCCAGAGCCUGGCUCCCACCUGCUGGAGGUGGUCUGCCCGCCCGGUGUGGGGGGGGGGGGUGUCAUCCAGGGGUUUCCGGUUUCCUGUGACUGCUGCAGCAGGGACCCUUUGGGCGAGCCCCCCUGGCGCCCCUAGAAGCACCCUCUCUAACAGAGAAGCAGGAGGAGACUUCCCACUCCUCCAUGGUGUUGGAGAUCCCAGCCAGCACAACACAGAGGUGAAGGGGCAAAGGCACCCGGAGGAAAGUGCGUUUGGCAAGAAGACGGUGGGCCGCAAGCACCUUCUGCCACCAGCCCUGCAAACACAUGCACACAGAAAUCAGUUUCAAGAGCAGAAAGUGAACCUGCCUUAACGUGUUUCCAACCAAAUGUUGUUCAGAGGUUUGAUUUUUCUGAGGCUUUCUACUGUCCUUCCAGAAACAGGUGUGGGGAUGGAAGUGAGAAAAUGCAACAGACAGACCCCUGCAGUCACCCCCCAUGGCUUCUCCCAUUUGACCCGCAUAAGCCUCAUUCAGUGUGGUCGGCAUGACGUUUGGGCUCUGUGUUUCCCAUCCUCCUCCUCGGGAAAGUGUGCCCACAGACGAGUCCUGGGAGGAAGGCUGCGCGAGGCCCUGGGGACACGGCCCUGGGGACGCAGAGCCACACUCCGAAGCACCUGAAACCCAGAAGAUCAGCCCUUGGGCUCCUCGUCAUGUCGGCAUCGGGGAGCAGGAAGUGCACGGCCCGUGCCCUGGUUUCUGCCACUUGCUUACGUCCGAACUCAACACACGUUUAUUCAGUCAAUGGCUAAAGCUGCUUCCGGACAGCUUAACCGUCAGAUCUGUCUCCGGAUUGUUUUAGGUCGUGCCCCCAAAUCAAAACCAUCCUCAGAGACUGUUGUCCAUCGCUAGAGACAGCUGAACACUCUCCAGAAUUCCCAAGGACAUCACAGAGAUUCCUUCCAAAACAUCUGAGUCACUUAGGGCAGCAUCAUUGUCCCUGUGUGAUCGCUGUGAAAACACAACCACUUUCCCUGUAGCCCUUGAAUAAAAAAACUUUGGAAAUUAAAAGGA